GUGGCAGGCGGGGGAGGGGGUUGCCCGAGCAACACCGAUAAACAAUUUAGCGGUCAGGUAGCGAUCCGCAGCCGGUAUACACAGGCGUUCGUGAAUCGUGCGCACCCCGCCUACCCGUAGGUAGGUAACCCGUUGUAUUGUUUCGUAAAUAUCGGCCGGGACGUCGGUGUUUUUUCGGUUUUUUGUCUUUAAUGCGUAGAUAUUUUCUGACUUUGGACAAUUUCUUCGAAAUUUGUCGUCGGCCAUCGUCGCCGCGGUAGGCACAAGCGGGUAGGUACGAUUUGUUUUCGUUCAAUACAAUAGCGUAACAUCAUUCACGUCCGACACGAAUGAAAUACAUCCGUUUCAACCGGUGAGCGAUUUUCGUUAUAUUUUAUUAAUUUAUUGCCUAUAAUUUUUGUUUUUUUUUCUAUUUCUGUGAAUUAGUCGCGUGUUACGUUUUGACUACAUACUAUUUCCGUAGGUCGACUUGAACCCGUACCGGCGGUACCCAUACGAGUAUUAUAAUAUUUUUUUAACGUUUAUUAUUGACUUUUAAGACGACUGCAUCACAAUACAAUAGCAUAUAAUACGCGUGUUGGUUAGGGCUGAAAUAAUUGCGUUUUGGGCGACGAGCACAUCGUUUUCCACGAGAAAGCGAUAAUUUAUAGUAUAUGUGUGUUUACGAAAAAAAAAAAAUAAUAAUAAAAAAAUACUACGUACGUGUGUAAUUUUAAUCUAACGCCUAAGCGACCAAAAAAUGCAAGUCUAUAGUUUCAAAUUAAUAAUCUGACAACAGAUUAUUUUACGCGCGUAAAAUGUAUAGCUAUUUUUUUUUUUUAUUAUUAUUUAUUUUUAUUUAUUUAUGACCGGCCAAAAUCCAGUAAGUAUACAAUAUUUUGUAUACAGUAUCGAAUUGAAUUUUCAAAAGGGUCUCGGAAAAUCAUAGCCCGUUUAUAAUUCAUUGCGUCUUCUCGCCCAAAAAAAAAACAUGCUCUUUCCGACCUCGACGAUUUUCCUUUUUUGAAAAUACUCGGGUACGACAUACACAUGUAUUAUUACUAUUAUGUCAAAUGGUCUAUGGUCUACACCAAUACGGGACCGUUUAAAAAAAUAUUAUUUUAAUUAGUGACGGUGAGUCUAUUAUGUGACAUUUUCUUUUCCCCGACAUUCGAUAAAAUCGUAAACCGCGAGUCGAUAUUGAAAUCGGCCGAUGAUAUAUCGGUUAAAAGCCCGAUUUUUGUUUAGCAUUUCAGAAACAUUUUAUUACCGGCGUUUAUCACCGAAACAAUCGGGUUGAAUAUCAUAGUUUUGAAAAAAAAAAGAAACAAUCCACUACACGGUAUAUCACUACACGAUAUUAUAUCCUCAUUGUAAGGUGUGGUAGACGACCAAUCGUGUAGUAGGAGAUAUAAAAUGUUCAGUUGAGAAAUAAAAUAUUAAUGUCCAAUUUAAUUUAUCUGUGUUAGCAAUAUACACGUAAAAACCAAGUUAAUGUUAAAAAAAAAAAAAGAAAGAUUCUGUGGGUACCACAAUACAAUUAGAUUAUUUAUAGAGAGUGCCCCACGAAGAUAAACUCUUUGAGAUAUCUCAAAAAGCUAUUGUUUUCUAAUUAAAAAAUAAAAAAACUUAAUUCAUUUUCAUGCAGGUAAGAGGUACCCUAGAAUAUUUUUUUUUUUGUUAGUUUAAAUUAAUAUAUACAUUGCGGAGCUCAUAAAGGCCCAGCCUCUUUCCUCCCUCUCCGUAAAAAACUGUACAAUAAAUUACAUUGGUACAAUUGAAUAAAAUAAAUCCUAACACAUAGGCGUAUCCAGGGGGGGAUAAGGGAGCUCAGUGACGCAUAAAGAAAUUAAUUGGAGGGGGGAUUAUAAAAAAAGCUUUUGGGUAUUAGUUAAUACAUAAAUUAAAUAAAUUCUCAAAUAAGCACGUGUGCCGUACCAACCAUAAAUAUUUAGGGGUCGUACCCCCAAAACCUUCUCCUAUUUAUGCCACUGAGGGGGCUAUAGCCCUCCCCAUUGACCAUGUAUACGUUAACCAACAGCCGUUAAUAUUUACUUAAUACAAGUUGAUUCACUAAACGUGUUCACCCCGUUUUUUUGGUUGAAUUUUGCAUGUAUCCAAACCCUAAUUUUUCGAAUUUGCAAAUGUAGUUAAAGUCGAUAUUUUCGAAUACUUAAGAUUUUUGAAAACAUUUAAAGAGUAUCCUGUGCUGCUACCAACUUUGGUUUUUCAAACGAGAAUCUAUAUUAAAAGUUUAAUAAAUAGAUUUUAAAUAAAUGUUGGUGUUAUAAUUUUUAAUUUUUGUUAAUCCAUUUACGAGAUAUUUCACUUUUAAAUUUAGGUGGGGGGAAAGUAGUGGAGUAUCGUUUUUGUGGUGACAAGGCACGCAGUGUUUUAUUAGUUAACACACUGUAUAUAAUAAUAUUACAUAACCAAUUUAAUGAAUAUUACAAAAUGUCUAAGUGCAGAGAACGAGUUAAUGGUGAUUUUUUUUCGUGGAGUUUAACCCCCUCCCCCAUACAAAAUUCCUGAUAACGCCACUAGCCUGGCAUAUUAUAAUUAUAUUAUGAUUAUUAUUAUUAUUUUUUUUUUUAUGAAGGCAAUGAGUCCCGCGGAGAAAAAAACAACGGAAACCGUUCGAAACGAAAACACCGAUAACUUACCGUUCGAUAUUUAUGACGAGCAGUACGCGAACGGAAGUCGAGAAUUCCCCUGCGGCGGCGGCGUUAAAAACGGUGUCGGUCGUUCGGUUUUGAAUAAUGUGACGUCCAAUUCGCCGGACACGAUACUAAACCGCGAAUACGACGAGGACGACGAAGAAGAUUUCAUAAGCGAGUAUAAUUUUAUGAUAAUAUAAUUAUUGUAGUUAAAAACCAUUCGGUAACAUAUGGGCGUAUAAACAUUAAACGGAAAAAAACCGACAUAAUCCAAUUGUUUAAACACAAAUCGAUAUCCGAUUUUUUUUUUUGUAAUUUAUGACCCACCCAGUGCGCGUGUGUCGCUAUAAAUAAUUCAGUAUAUUUUUAAUGUUACCUGUUACGCGUGUGUGUAUAGAUAUAAUAAUCGUAUUGCACAGUACGAUAAAGGUAUAGGUUAAUUAAUUUUGUGUUUAAUCUAUAUAGAUAUAGCAACUUACCUGUAUAGAUGAUUCAUUUUUUAUUAGUUGAUAUUUUUUUAUUUAUGUAUAGAAAAAAUAAUAAUAAUGUAAUAAUUAUUGUUAAAUAUCAGCCUUAUCCCCUUUCCUUUGAAAAAAUCAUUGGACCACCGUUGAUUCGUAUACCUCACUCUUGUCAAAUCAAACCUAAACUACCUACUUUUAUCCACUAUUUUAUUAUUUUAUUACCUGCAAGAAUGAUUCGCUUUUCGUCGAAAACUCGAAAAUAUUCGGUACUAUAAAUUAAUUAAUAUUUUAUUUUAUAUUAUAGAGAUUUAUUUCGCGUCAGGCACCGUAUUACAACCGUCCGGUGAACCGUAUAACUUGCGUUCUAAAAUCGAUCAGGCCAACCGCGAUUUACAAACCGACGACGCUGAACCGGCGAAAUUCUCCAACGUACCCGGCAAAGUGAAAUUCGACAAUACGGUUGUGGUUUUGGACAGUUUCGAAGACAUCGGUAUGGUUUUAAUGUGUAAUUUUUGAUUCUGAAAGUAUAGCGGGGAAUUAGUUUUACUAUAUUUAUUUACGAUUAUUAACUGUUUUAAUAACAUUGUUUUACUUUGUUAAUUUAUUAUACAAUACAGUAAAACUUCCAUAUAACGGUCACCGAAGAUUGAGGUGUCUUAUAAAGUCAUAACACUUGUGCCUAUUGUCUUUAGCAUAAGCCCAUCUGCGUUGAUAUGCGCUGUUAUAACAGGUAAGAGGAGUUAUCUCGGUGAAUGGAGUUUUUCCGACGUAUCUAUGACAGGAGAAAAUCUGGAAUAAGUUAAAAUAGGCUUGAGGAAUAGAGAUCAACACUAAAGAUAAAUAGAAAUAUAAUUUUGAGUAUGCGUUUGGAGGAUAAUAAGCAGUUAAAGGCGAAGUUUAGGGUUUUAAGUACCUAUAGGAUCUUUUGUACCUACAAUAGAAAGAUGAGCUUUUAUAAAUAUAUGAAACAUAGUAUCACUUGUAGCCAUAUAAAGUGGAGAGAAGUGUUAAGUGUUUUGUAUUAUUUGAGUUGGAGUAUCUAGUCAAUUGUAAACUUAGAACGAGGGAGGCCGACCCCAAAUAGUUGGGAUGGAAGCGAAGGAGUAGAAGAGAUUUUUUUUGUAAUCCGGUUAAAAAUAAUAUUAGAAACAUGAAAUGCUCACAGAAUAUUACGCUUUUCUGAACGUCGUCAUUAUUUUAAAUAUUCUAGAGACUUGAGUUAUUUAUACUUUAUAAUAGGCAUUUUACAAUUUCGUUUUUUUUUUCAAUUUUUAUUCAGUUUUAUGUUGAUCAAACUGUUUUGGCCAAGUAAAAAUUCUUGAAAAUUUAAUUCGAGAUUCAUAUAGAGUUUUACUUGGCGGCUAAAAAUAAGAAGUUUAGUAUAAUGAAUUAGUUUUUUUUAUAUACGCUUUUAUAAAGUUCACAUUAUAUUGAGACUCGUAAAAAUAACGUCAUUUUAAAUACAAUUUUUCGAUUUUUAUUUUCAUUUUAAUUUGUUUAAAGUUUUAUUUUGAUUUAAGUUGAGUUUGAGUUUCAUAAUUUAAUGUAAACUUAAUUAAAAUUUUUUUUUUAAUGUUAUCAAGCAUAUUAAGAUGAUACUACAACAGCAUAUACUGUCUUUGCUGGUUAGAUACACAUCUCUUAUACCCAAAAUUCAUCAUAAGUUUUACUUAAUGGUAAAAACAAAUUGAAUGUAAUUUAGUUAUUUUGUAUAUAUACUUUUUCAAGUUCUAAUUUUAAUAAAAAUCUUAAAAAUAACGGCAUUUCAAAAUUGUCUAACCAAUUUUCUCUCAGAAUCGUAUUCCAUUAGCAAUGAUUUAUUGUUUCGUAAUGAUAUAAAUUAAAUAACUCUACGUAUCUUGGGAAGGUAGGAACCUUUCAAGUAUGUUCACACCUAAUUUUUUUUCGUUUUAAAUGCCUUUUUUUUUUUAAAAAAAUAUUAUGUGUUGUUGAACAUGCGGUUGCGAGUAACUUUAAAUAAAUAUUCGGCUAUUGCAUAAGGAACUGUCGUUCAAUAUGACAGCAUUAUAUGUUUAACAGGUACGGUUCCUAUCGGUACGGAAACACUUCACGGCUGUGGUAGCGCUGCCGAUCUCGGACGAAAAGAUCGCGGAAACAAUGACGACGGCGGAGACGGAGACAUUUUAGCCGCGGUAGACUUGUCGCGAAACGACGAGGACGAUCAAAACGACGUGGUGUGUUCGACAGCAGAAAAGACGACGUCACAGGACGGCACCGCGGACUGCACGGUCACGGACGACAGGGUUUAUUCAGCGAGUACGUGUACCGCGUCGUCUUUCAGCAGAAGUUUUUCGUCGGAUUCUGCGGACGGCUGCAGCGGCGAUCGUCCAUUGUUCAUAAACGUAAUCGAAUCCGGAGACGAGUUCAAGGCGAUAAUGGACCGGAACAACAGGGCGCGUCAACAUCAUCAGGGUUCGGCGAUCGACGAACAGGUCACGUAUUUUCCGGAACUCUUCACCCACACACAAUACAAAAUGUACGAGAAUUCGGGUAAAACUGCGGUUGACGAUGCAUCCGGAGACGACGACGAUUUGAAUAUAUACGUACCCAAGAGACUGGACGCGGAAGAAUUGCGAAACAAACUGAAGGAAAUUUGUUGUAAACAACGUAAAAGAGUGGUGCAGCAGCGUCGACCGGCAAACGACAUCAAGAACAAUAAAGUGGACAAAUCGGUGACGAAAAAAUUCAAUAACAAUAAUUUUAUCGGCGGGUCGCUACAGAACGGCAAUAAUAACACGCGCGCAAAAAAAGACAAUCAAUCAUUGACGAAAAAAACGUCGUCAGCGGUAAAAAAAAUAGCUCAACCAUGCAACAACGAACCAGGCCCUCGGACGACCUAUUACUUUGAGCUCGAUCCCAAGGGCAAGCUAAAACCUUUAAACGAAAACAACGUCAUCGACGAGACUGGCAACAACGGCAAGUCGGCCAACAACAAAUUUUUCCGUAUAAAUCUAAAAGCCGCGAAAAACAACAGCAAAACGUCCGCCCGUAAUAUGACGGUAACGAACUGCAGUAAGACGCCGAACACGGAUUUAUUUUUAGAAUUUCAGACGGACAAAUGCGGUCGGAAAGGAGCCAAACUAAUAAUCAAAAAGAAACCGCCGCAGACUGCAGAAGAGUGCGGUGUAACGAACAGUAGGUCGAACAACAAUAACAAGAGAGUUGUGAAUGAUGUCGAACGUCCGCGGCUGCCGGGCUACAACGGGCUGAGAUCGGAAUACGGGUUGUCGGCUGAACAGCUGUUAGAGAGGCGCAGGAUAAAAACGGAACGGGAAACGCGGCGCAGAGAGUUUCGGCAAAAGAAACACGAGGAAGAACAAAAAAAACGCGCGGAAAACGAGAAGAAUUUCUACAAAUGGUUGCAACAAAAAAAACAAAUGAAAAAACUGCAGGUCAAGACCAGCGUUAGACACAGUUAUCCGAUCAACAGACUGACAGUGUCUUCCGCCAGGACUUCUGUGUAAGUCCGAUUACAAAUAUUUGCAGUGGCGUGCUCAGGAAUUUUCAAUAGUGGGCGGUAUAGGCUAUAUAAUAAAUAAUAAUCGUGAUUUAUGAAUAAAACAUUGAAUCUUUUUCUGCUAUACCUACAACCGAACGGUGAGAGUUUAAAAAACCGGAUCCAAAAUAACCAAUUUUUAUUCAAUAAACCAUGUUUUUGUAUUCAGUAGUGGGCGAAAUGCUCAAAUUUGACGCAGCUGCGUCAAUAUUUUAAGAAGUGGUAGGUUGUGGAGGCAUGGUGCUAGGUGGUCUUGGAUAGUUAGGAUGUUAUUUUGAUACAUAUUUGCCAUUUGGUAAAUAUUCUAAUAUUCUAAUAUUAAGGUUAUUAUUAUGUUAUCACAAUAGCAUCAAACAUGUAAGAUUUUACAAUAUUCAUAUAAACUAUAAUAUAAUAUACGAGAAGUGAAUCUGAUACAAUCGUAGAAAAAAAAACUGGAAUGGGAUUAGACUGCGUAGACUAAAAUAUAUCUUCGUAUACAUUUUUUCAUCCGUGUUACAAACUUGGUAACCAAUAAAUCAACAAAAAUAGUUCAAUGUGUUUUAAAAUACAAAAACUAAUAACUACUGCAGUAAUGUAAGAAAUCUAAUCUUUUUAGAUAAAAGGUAGCCUACAUUCUUCGUCAGAAUGAAAUCUAUCUAUAAUAGACAAAAUUUUAUCAAAAUCUGGUCUGUGGUGUUGCAAAUUUCACAUUUACCUAAUUUAAUAUAAAUAUGAAUUAUAUUUUUCUCAUGAGCCAUUUGGAAACUAUAUGCACAGGGGGGGGGAGGGGGUUGAUAGCAAGAUGGUGAUGGUGGUAACACUGAAAUAUGAAAUUGCAUCGGUAAAAAUUUAAGUUCAGUCCGCCAUUGUUUGUACUUGUAUUUCAACUAAAAUAUAUAAUUUCAAGAAAAAAUUAUUAAAUAAGCAAUCAUAGCUGUUGUAUUUUAAAGUCAACAAGGGAGAAUAGUGUCACUUCAAACCUCCUCUUCUCUGUAAACGCCAUUGGAUAUUUAUAAACAAAAGCAUUAAAUAGCUCAGUUGGCUUUACAAGGUUUUUUUUUUCAGAAAUCCUACAAACACCGGAAAUCAACUACGGAAAGGAUCAUUCGCUUUGGAAGAGUUGUUGAAAAUCAAGGACGACAAUAUCGCGGGAUGGUUUAAAUUUUAAAGUUUUAUAUCGAUAUAGGUAUAAUAAUAUAAUAUGCUAAUCAUCAUAUUUUAAAGGUGAUUUGUAAGGCAAUAAGUAAGUAGGUAUAGUAUAGUAUUUAGAUAAAGUUGUAUUCCCUGCAGUGCUUGAAUUGAAAGAAAAUCAGAAGAGGAAAAGAAAGUGUAAAAACACGCACAAGAUUUAAAUAUCUGUGUAUUUUUGUUAAUAAUGUGCACUAUGCAAAAUUAGAAUGUGUACUCUGAUAUAUAUAUUUGUGAAAAGAAAAGUUACCCCAUUCCGGCCUGUGCUCUGCCCUCUAAUUCGAGCAUAAGUUAUUUUUCGUUAUCAGGACUCGUUAGUUAAUGAAUAUUAAAAACCGGUGAUAAACACAAUAAAUAAAAUUUCUAUAAAUAUGAUACAAACAAAAUACUAAUGAUCAAUUUAUUUUUUUUAUUUUUCAAACAAAAGUCAAACUCAAUUUUCAAUAUUUCUCGUCCUAAUAUUUUGGAUUUCGAAUUAGUAUUAUUUGUGUUGUAUAUAAAUAAUAAUAAUAAUACAUUUUUUAUCAAUUUUUAACAAACUAAAUGUUCUAAUAUUUAACGUUCAAAUAAAUAUUUAAUAGGUAAUAAAAAUGUAGAUAAUACUAAACGAGUAAGUUGAAAAAUUAAUUUUUUAUUUCUAAGCCUAAAUUGCAACAUGUGAGUGAGAUUUGAUUAGCCUACUUGGUGAUUUAAUACGCACUACUUCAGACUUUGCAGAAUUUAUUAUACGUACUCAUGAACCCUGGUUAUUAUAAUAAUAUUGUAUUACAGAGUACCUAUAGUUUUGGACGAAUUUAUUAAAAACGUAAAGAAAUUUUCGAGGGUUAUAGGUUUAAGGCGGAUUGGACACCGAAAAUUUUCAUUAUUUUAUUAUUCCACAAUUUAUUAUAGUUAAACGCAUAUACUUUAAACGCUGCAGCAUAUCGAUUAAGACCAAUUUUUCCUUUAAUUUUCCCUUCUAGUCUGAAUCGUUCUAACGAAAAGCGAUACGAAUUCUGAAGAUUCGAAUUCAGCGAGAAAUCUAGGUACGGGUGACUUCUUCGAAUUUCAUUUAAAAAAUGUAACCGUUUAUAAAAAUGUAUAUAAAAAAAAAAUUAAAACUACAAUUAAACUGAAUAAAUAGCCUUUUUUAUACAUGUAAAAAUUAAAAACGCUGAACGAGCUGAAUUCAAAUCUGUUUUCAGAAUAAUUCCUAUCGCUUUUUUACCACUAUACAUGAAUUGAACCGAUUGAAAGAAUUUCGGUUUAAGUUACUCACAUGUUACGUACCUUUGUGUUAUAGACUAAGAAAUAAAAUAACGGUAUCCAAAAAUCCAAAACAUUUAGUUUCGAAUAUUAUAUUCAAAUAUACAUAUAUUUCGAUACACCUAGCCUACGAAAACUGUACCUAUAGUAACUUAAUUUUGUCAAUUGUUCUAGAGCGAACCAAAUUUCAAAAUUGAUUUAUUUUAAGAUUUUGUAGUUGUUAUUUUUGAUAAAUACCAUACACCUAUAGCUUAUAUUAUAUACGGUACCUACACUAAAAUACGUCCAAUUUGUAUGCAGACUUUUUACUUUUUCGGGGGAAUCCAAAAGUUGUAUCGGUUAUGGAAAAAAACUAUUAGGUAGUUUAUCCAAACUAUCGAAAACUAUAAGGUUCACUAGAUCUAUCCCAUCACUAUAACAACCUUCGUCAAAUAUAUAUUUUACCUGUUACGUUUUCUUAACCGUUUUAUCAAUUCAAAUGGCCCAAUCAUUUUAUAGUUCAUUAUCAGAAUGUGCGCUGAAAACAGCCAGUAUCAUAACUCAAAAUAAACUUAAAUUAAUUUACUACCAUUUACGUUAAGUACCUAUGACGAAUUAUUGCUUACUUGAAAACGUUUAUGACUACAAUCAUCAUAGCCCACGAACAUUAAAAGAAAUUCUUCCAAACUGUAAAUUGUUUUUACAUAAUAUAUUUGAACCAUAUUGACAAUAAUAUGCAGUAUACCUAUAUUUUCUAAUGUUUUUAUAAUAUAAUUAUUUAAUUAAUCCGCUACCUAUAUAAGAGGUAAUAAUAUUUUGUCCCACUUUUUAUCGAACGAUGAAAAACGAUUAAGAACAAGUUUUAAUAUUUAUUAUUAUAUAAGCUGCCAUUAGGAAUAUUCAAAUCUCAAGUUGUAUAAAUUGUUUGAUUUUUUUCUUUUACAUAUUUUAUACCUAGUUAUUUUCAAUACGAUUUUUUAAAUUUUAUAUUAUAUAAUAUAUAUUACCGUAUUUAAUACGUACGCG